UUGCGGGGUCCUCUGUGGUCUGCGAAUAUCUCGGCCGUUGCCCUGCAGAUCCCUGCGGAGCAGACAGAAAAUGGCAUCGAGAUAACCAGGAGCCGGUAUUUAGACCGGGACCUGAGUGAAAACGCCAUCCAGGCAAUCCCGAGGCGAGCUUUCAGGGGAGCGACGGAACUCAAGAACCUGCAGCUGGACAAAAACCACAUCAGCUGCAUUGAGGAGGGGGCGUUCAGAGCCCUACGAUCUCUGGAAGUGCUAGAUCUGAACGGGAACAACCUGACAGUCAUAACCAAGGCCGACUUCUCUGGUCUGAAACACCUCCGAGUCCUCCACCUGAUGGAGAACCAGAUCAGCACCAUUGAAAGAGGAGCAUUCGAUGAGCUGAAGGAGCUGGAAAGACUUCGGCUGCACUCCAACUCCCUGCGCUGCGACUGCCACCUGGCCUGGCUGUCUCCGUGGUUACGGCAGCGUCCGGCGCUGGGCCUCUACACCCAGUGCAGCGCCCCCCCGGCCGUGAGGGGCCUCAACCUGGCCGAGCUGCGCAAGGGGGACUUUGCCUGCACAGGCCACAGCGGCAGCGCCUUCGUCCAGCCCUGCAGUCUGGCCUCUGGCUCCUGUCCUCCCAUGUGUUCCUGCAGCAACAACAUCGUGGACUGUCGGGGGAGGGGCCUCACCGCCAUCCCGGCCCACCUCCCGGACGCCAUGACCGAGAUUCGUCUGGAGCAGAACGGCAUCAAGUCGGUUCCUCCGGGCACCUUCACUUCUUACAAGAAACUCCGGCGAAUAGACCUGAGUAAUAACCAGAUUUCUGAGAUUGCCCCUGAUGCUUUCCAUGGUCUCCGAGCUCUCAACUCACUAGUUCUGUAUGGAAAUAAGAUCACGGAGCUGCCCAGCGGAGUGUUUGAUGGCCUGGUGUCUCUGGAGCUGCUGUUGCUGAACGCAAACAAGAUCCACUGCGUCCGAGCCACGGUGUUCAAAGACCUGGAAAACCUGGCUCUGCUGUCCCUGUAUGACAACAAGAUCCAGAGUCUGGCCAAAGGCACCUUCAGCUCGCUGCACAGCAUCCAGACCCUCCACCUGGCCCAGAACCCCUUCGUCUGCGACUGCAACGUGAAGUGGUUGGCCGACUUCCUGCGUUCCAAUCCCAUCGAGACCAGCGGGGCGCGCUGCGCCAGCCCCCGCCGCCUGGCCAACAAACGCAUCGCGCAGAUCAAGAGCAACAAGUUCAGAUGCUCCGCCAAGGAGCAAUACCACAUCCCAGGUGCGGACGACAGGCGUCUGAGCUACGAGUGUAACAGCAAGCCGGUGUGUCCGGCCAAGUGUCGCUGCGAGGCCAACGUGGUGGACUGCUCCAACCUCCGCCUCACCAAGUUCCCCGAGCACCUUCCAUCCUCCACCGAAGAGCUACGUCUCAACAACAACGAUCUCUCCGUGCUGGAGGCCACCGGGGCCUUUAAGGGCCUGUCACAGCUCAAGAAAAUAAACUUGAGCAACAACAAGAUAUCGGAGAUCGAGGACGGCGCGUUUGAGGGCGCCUCCUCGGUGGUGGAGCUGCACCUCACCGCAAACCACCUGGAGUCUGUGAGAGGGAGCAUGUUCAGAGGCAUGGAGGGCCUGCGCAUGCUGAUGCUGAGGAACAACAGGAUCAGCUGUCUGCACAACGGCAGCUUCACGGGCCUGGCCAACGUCCGGCUGCUCUCCCUCUACGACAACCAGCUGAGCACCAUCCUGCCCGGAGCUUUCGACACCCUGCCCCACCUGUCCACCCUAAACCUCCUGGCCAAUCCCUUCAACUGCGACUGCCGCCUGUCCUGGUUUGGGGCGUGGCUGAGAAGCCGGCGGAUCGUGACCGGCAACCCUCGCUGCAAAGGCCCCGCCUUCCUCCGAGAGAUCCCCCUGCAGGAUGUGGCGGCGCCCGAUUUCCGCUGCGAGGACGGCUCCGUGACGGGGGGGGGCAGCUGCGCCCCGGAGCCCCAGUGUCCCGCCCAGUGCACCUGCAUGGAGACGGUGGUCCGCUGCAGCAACAAGCACCUGCAGGCCCUGCCCAGAGGACUGCCCCGCAACGUCACCGAACUGUACUUGGAUGGUAACCAGUUCACCACUGUUCCCCAGGAGUUAGCUGCCUUCAAAUACCUACAGCUUGUAGAUUUAAGCAACAAUAAAAUCAACUCACUGUCCGAUGAGUCCUUCUCCAAUAUGAGCCAACUCACCACGCUGAUCCUCAGUUACAACUCCCUCCGCUGUAUCCCUCCUCUGGCACUGGCUGGCCUGCACUCCUUGAGACUGCUCUCUCUCCAUGGCAACGACAUCUCCGAGCUCCAGCAGGGGAUCUUCAGCGACGUGGCCUCCUUGUCUCACCUAGCCAUCGGCGCCAACCCGCUGUACUGCGACUGCCGCCUGCUCUGGCUGUCGGAGUGGGUGAAGAGCGGCUAUAAGGAGCCGGGGAUCGCCCGCUGUGCCGGCCCCCGCGGCAUGGAGGGCAAGCUGCUGCUCACCACGCCGGCCGACCAGUUCCAGUGUCUGGGUGAGCUGACGGGAAGCCUUUUUUGUCGCAUGCUGUUUUUUGUGUGUGCGUUUGUGGCCUCAAAGGGAAAACACUGUGAGGCUCCACUCGAUGCCUGUGUCAGCAAUCCCUGCACCAACGGAGGAGUGUGUCUGAGCGAUGAGCAGACGGGAGGGUUCAGCUGUACGUGCGCCUUUGGUUUCCAUGGCACCUUCUGCGAGGUGAACGUGGAUGACUGCGAGGACCACGGAUGCGACAACGGAGCCACCUGUGUCGACGGAGUGGGGAACUACACGUGCUUGUGUCCUCCGAACUACACAGGUCUGUUCUGUGAGGAGGAGGAGAGCGCUUGCUCUCCGGGCAGAAACCCCUGCAAGCAUCAGUCCACCUGCGUCAGCGGCCCCACAGGUCCCAGGUGCGUCUGCAUACCGGGCUGGGUGGGGCCCGACUGCGGCAUCGACUACGACGAGUGUGUGGACCACCGCUGUCAGAACGGGGCUCAGUGCGUGGACUCUCUGGACGGCUACAGCUGCGUCUGUUCACAGGGAUUCAGUGGUCAGUUCUGUGAGGCGUCCCUCCAGCCCCCCCCGCCCCCCCCGCCCUGCCGGCUGUCUCCGUGCCAGAACGGCGCCACCUGCGAGGAGAAGGCGGGGGCCGCGCUCUGCCACUGCCCGCCGGGCUUCGAGGGCCUGAGCUGCGAGAGGCUGGUCAGCGUCAACUUUGUGGACAGGGAUUCUUACGUUCAGCUCCAAGACGUCAAAAACUGGUCUCAGACCAACAUCACGCUGCAGGUGUCAACAGCGGAGGAAAAUGGCAUCUUGCUCUAUAAUGGAUACGAUGAACCAAUAGCUGUAGAGCUCCAUCAGGGUCACGUGAGAGUCACCUAUGAUCCUGGGAACAUGCCCGCCACCACCAUCUACAGUGCUGAGACGGUGAACGACGGGCAGUUCCACACGGUAGAGCUGGUGACCUUCGACCGGAUGGUCAACUUGUCGGUGGACGGCGGCGAGCCCAAAAUGCUGGACAGCCUGGGCCACAGCCAGCCGGCGGCGGGAGAGGCCCCCCUGUAUGUGGGAGGCAUGCCCGAGGAGGUGGUGCCGGCCUCCCUGGGCCUCUCCUCCCAGACCCUGAACGUGUCCAGCUUCCACGGAUGCAUCCGGAACCUGUACAUCAACCACGAGCUGCAGGAUUUCACCCGGGGCCGCAUGAAGCCCGGCGUGGAGCCGGGCUGCGAGCCCUGCCAGCAGCUCUACUGCCUGCACGGCAUCUGCCAGCCCAACGCCGCCCAGGGGCCCCGGUGUCACUGCCAGCCGGGCUGGACGGGACAACAGUGCGACCAGCCGGUCGCAGCAGGCCCGACCGGACCAGAUGUCGUCACCAUGGAAACUGGCGUCAGUCCAUGCGACGGCAACAAGUGCGCGAGGGGCCGCUGCGUGACGCUGGACGCGCAGUCCUACCGGUGCGAGUGCGAGAGCGGGUACUCUGGGGCGCUGUGCGGCCUCCAGGAGGAGCCGGAGGACCCGUGCCGGACGCUGCAGUGCCUGCACGGCCGCUGUGUGAGGACGGAGGGAGGGGAGAGCUGCGUCUGCCAGCAGGGCUUCACCGGACAGAGCUGUGACAUAGAAUCCCCGUGCGGGGGCCGGCCGGUGCGGGACUACCACCGGCUGCAGCGGGGCUCCGUCCUCUGCCAGACCGCCAAGCCCUUCUCCUGGGUGGAGUGUGGGGGCCGCUGCCCGGGGGGGUCCGGGGAGGCCCCCCCCACCCCCGCCUGCUGCGCCCCUUUGAGGGUCCGCCGGCGGAAGCUCACCUUCGAAUGCGAGGACGGCACCUCCUUCACGCAGGAUGUGGAGAAACCGGUGGAGUGCGGCUGCAGGCAGUGUGUG